AUGAGGGACGGACUUGCAGAAGCCGACGACGGUGACGACGGAAUCUCCGGGGAAGGCAGUGAACUUGAGCAGACCGAUGAGGGAAUGACGGUCAUGAAGAAGAUCAAGAAGGGCCGCGUAGGUCGAGAGAACGACUCUGGCAAUCCACGGCGACUCUGUCCUGGAAGUUCAUUUAUCGUCUCUUUGGCUCGAGGCCGAGCGGUCCAAGGCUGUACUCGGGUGUACCUCAGUUUUGCUCCUGUGUGCGACUUGGAUCAGAUGCACGCCAAUGAUAAGCGUCGGCCAGCACUUUUCACAGGCGUCACAGAUGCUGAACAUCCACUGGUCUAUAUCCUAAACCCAUCCCUUGAGGAGUCGAUACCGAACGGUCCUAGGAUUUAUGUAGUUCCGUCGAGUUUCAUGCGGAAAACGGAGGAACGGAAACAGGCAAGCAAGACAGCACUUCAACGGUAUUGGAAAUCAGCCAACAGAGUCCCGGUCGCUCCUGUUUCAGCUUGGGUUCUGUGGUCAUGCCAACUCGGGCAGGUGCAGGGACGAUAA